AUGUUGCUUCCAGCACUCCAUGGUUAUUUUCGAGCGCCUGACAUUGCAGCAUCGGCAGCGUUUCCGCAAGGUGUGUGGGCAUUGGCAUACGCGGCCAUAUUUCACUGCCCCAUCAGCAUGGCAUAUCACCUUUCCAACGCUGUCUAUGAUGGGCAGGCAGGGAAAUACAUCCACUUGGCACAAAAGAAGCGGUUGGUGCAGGUUUUCCUGUACACCUUACCGGUUCUCGUCCGCAGUGAUUACUGCAACUACGCAGGAAUUGCCGGGUCCUGGUUCCUCGCAUGUGUUUUCCAGUCUCUGAAUCCCAAGAUGGGAGGCGCCCUGCGUAGUUGGACCAGAGUUAAAAAAGGAAACGACUAUGGCCUCAAAACAACUAGCGAUGGCCUCCAAGCUGCCAGCAUGGCCUCCAAGCUGCUAGCGAUGGCCUCCAAGCUGCUAGCGAUGGCCUCCAAGCUACUAGUGAUGGCCUCCAAGCUGCUAGCGGCUAGCGAUGGCCUCCAAGCUACUAGCCAUGGCCUCACCUACGUACUAGCGGUGGCUUCCAUCGUUUCGAACCUCCCUUGA